AACAUUUUAUCGCGUUUGUCUAUGAAAACAUCUCCACCGUUGAUCUUCUUUCAUCCGAAACCCUAAUUUACAUGUGCUUUUGUAUUUCAUUCUAAAACCCUCAUCCAGACCCUAAUUUCAGUCUGUCGCCCGUGAGAUUGAAGGAGAAGAGAAAGGCUACUUGUCUCCAAGGGUUUGUUGAGAUCUGUUCAUCAAGAUGUCGCAUAGCGAGCUUGCCUGCAUCUAUGCAGCUUUGAUUUUGCACGAUGAUCAAAUUCCUAUCACCGCGGAGAAGAUUAGCACAUUGGUGAAGGCAGCAAAUGUGCAGAUUGAGUCUUACUGGCCUGCUUUGAUUGCUAAGUUGUUGGAGAAGAGAAGCGUUGACGACCUCAUUCUCAGCGUUGGAUCAGGUGGUGGUGGUGGUGGUGUGGCACCUGUUGCGGCAGCUCCCAGUGGUGGUGGUGGUGGUGCAGCUCCUGCUGCCCCUCCUCCAGAAGAGAAAAAGGAGGAGCCCAAGGAGGAGAGUGAUGAUGAUAUGGGAUUCAGCUUAUUUGACUAGACCUUAUUUUGAGAGUAUUUCAUUUAGAAUCAUCACAGCUUCGUGAGUAGUGAGUUGAAUUAGGGCAUCCAUAUUGCUUCUAAACCGAGCAUAGGCAUUUGAAUUUUUAUGAUUUAGUUGAGUAGAACUUGAAGAAAGAUUCUUGUGAUUUAUCUGAAAAGGCAGGCCUGUAAUAAGUUCUAAUUUUUUUUGUUGACUAUAAGUAAAAAGAAUGCAUGGUACAUUUAGGUGGUGAUAGGCACAAAAUAGAAUUGUGAUUUGUUAACUUUGGUGAACGCUGAUUGCAGCGUUUUUGCUGUACGAGAUGAUAAGAGUAUAGAAGAGAAAUGUUGCCUUCUUA